AUGGAUCCCUACAAUAUCGAUGAUAUUCAACAGGCUUUUAACGGCAGUGUAGGGAACUGUUCGUUGUACGCUCUACCGUCAGGUAAUUUAACGUACUAUGGAAACCAAUCAAACGUCCUAAUGACUUAUCAUGAGAAGUCUUUCCCAGCAUAUUUCAUCACUAAUUGUUCUCAAGAAGGUAUAGAUUUCGGGUUAAACUAUACAAAUUUCAAUUAUAAUGAUGGUAGACCAUUUUGGGGUGAUUCUUAUCAACUUAUAAAUAAUGGUGACUCGUUUGUGUCAUUUUUGUUCACCAUAUCAGGUGUUUGUGUGGCAUGUUGGAUGUUAAGUUUCCUACUUAUACUUUCUCCCAAACAUAAACGACGUCCCAUCAUGACUCAGAUAGCUACGGUGUUUAAUGCCGUGGUGCUAACGAUAUUACUAAGCAAAAUCACAGCUACAGCUCGAUCAGACUAUUAUUCCGACCAUGUUGAUGUUUAUCGAAUUCAUGAUGUGUUUUUCAAUGAUCUUACUUAUAGAGUAACUAAUGUUUUCUCAGAAGCAUUCAUAUCAUUCUCGUUCUUUCAAGUGGUGUCCCGUAUAGCGUCCAAGACCUUACAGGACUAUAUAGUCAUCGCCUAUGCCAUGGUGUUGAUAGUAUAUGUCGUGCUAGGAAUAGUUUGUGAAAUUGAUUACAGACUCCCGUUGACCGAGUUGUCACUAGACAAAAUAGCCACAAGAUACGUGACAUACCACCAAGCCAGGAACGUAUUCAAACUUUUGAUGGUAUCGAUAGUAGGAUUGUUAUUAAUCUAUUAUACUGUAUUCAUCAAGAAUCCCCGUAAAUAUUCUUAUUCGAAGAAGAUGUUACCCUUGGCAAUAUUUGUCUGGGUAUUAUUUUUGUGUCAUUUCACCGUUUGUGUAUCGAUGAUGGUGGUUUUCGUAUCAGAUUGGUCAACUCGAAGCUGGUUAUCGAUUUUACCAAGUUUGCUUGAGAUUGUUAUUUUGACAGUAAUAUGGGAAUGGAUUUAUAAUAUCAAAGCAUUAGAAAGAAGGUAUGAAUUACUGGGAGUUUUAGGUAGACGAAUUAGUUUUGAUGAUGACAGAAUCUUCCAGACGGAUAAGGAUGAUAAAGAACCUAGAAGAUUACGUAAACAUCGUACUAAGAUCGUCAGUUGGGUCAAAGAUAAGACAUUAUUUCAUAAAGCUCCAGACAUUGUUGAUGAAAGUGACAAUAAUCUGAAAUCCUUAUCGACAGAAUCAGCCAAUGGGUCUCAAAACCCCCCUCCAGAGGAUGUAGCAGAGGAUAUCAGUGAAGAGUAUGAGGUGGAAUAUGUGGACGAUUAUGAUCGUGAUACGCCUUUAUAUGAACCACAAGUAGGAAGCUCUUCGCAGGCUAAUCCUCCGACUUUUGAAGCCCAUCCUGGGUUCAGUCGAGAAGACUACUGGCCUGAAAAGACCAGUUAA